AUGAAAGCAUCAUAAUUUUCAACUUUAAAACGAGCUAAUUCAGCAAAAAUUAACAUUUUAGAGCCAUUAAGAUAAGAUGAAAAAAAUAUAGCAAAUUAGAUGCAAGUUUAGUAGAAUAACUUUAUGAAAACAGGUUUUAGUUAUAAAUAAUAAUAAUAAAGAACUUCUACUUCAUAAUCAUAAAGGACUAAAUUAUUACCUCGCCAUAAUAGCGCAGUGACAGUCCUUUCUAAGAAUUUACCUCCUGUAUUAAAUUUUAAGAAUAUAGUUAAUAUCAAUAAUGCUGAACCAAUUUAAGUAGUACCUACAGAAAUAAUCUUUAAAGAAAUUAAGCAAAAUUAGACAUAUGAGACCUUUGUCAUAAUAUAGAGUUUAAGCAAGCAAUUAAAUAGAAUUAAAAUUAUUUAGCCAACUACAGUGCGCUUUAGAGUGGACUAUGACUAGUAGGGUAAAAUCGCUGCAGGUCUCUCUAUGAAACUGCUAGUUACAUUCGAAACUAAUAUACUUGAUGAUUAUCAUGAUAAAUUUAUCGUAUAAUAUUAAAAUGAAGGGUAAUUAAAAAGCAUAGAAGUACCAUUGCACGCCUUACGUCCACAAGCAUAAAUUUUGUUUGAGCCAUUUAUAAAUUAUGGAUUUAUUAAAAUAUUUGAAAAUAAUGUAAAAACGAUUAUGUUCAAAAAUGAAGGUAAAAUGGCAGGAAAAGUACGUUUAAAAUAUGACAGUAUGCCAGAAAUAAGUUGCGAUCCUUCAAAUUUUACUAUUUAGCCUGGAUAGGAAUUACCUGUUAAAGUAAAUUUAAACUCGAAAGAAAGUGGCAUCUUUAGAGGAAAGAUAGAAGUUAUUAAUGAAGGAUAGAGUUUAUUAAAAUAUAUUGAUGUAAAUGCAACACCAGUUGAAUUCAAUAAAUUCUUAAUUGAUGAUUAAGGAAACUCAACCUCUACUUUUGAUUUUGAAGAAACUUAUUUUGGAGAAAAGAAGGUCAUAAAAGGUUUUCUAGUGAAUAACACUCCUCAUGAAUAAAAGUUUAAAGUUAAUAUGAGGAUCGGAUUUCACUCUAACUCAGAUGAAAAAGUUACAUUACAAACUCCUAUUGAAGUUGGUAUGGAAUAAACAGAAUAAAUAAUGAAGUGUAUGCCAGAAAGAGGAAUUGUCAAAGCCUAUUCUUAGAUUCCGAUUCAAUUUAUAUGUCACAGCAAAGUUAAAUAUGAACAUCAGAUCAUUACAAAGAAUUAUGCUCUUUCUGAUUAAGAACUUGUUAAAAGAAAAGAAUCUGAAGAAGAUUACACAUAUUCUGCUAUUUUUGAGUUUGAUGGGCCAGAUAAAAAAGAAGAUAUUCUUCCAAUUACAUUAAUAGGACGUGGUCUUUGUCCUAAAAUUAAAAUUAAUAAAGCUCUUUUAAAUUUUGGAGAGUGUUAGGCUCAUGACCAUAGAGAAGCAAUGUUUUUAGUUGAAAAUAAGCAUAAUUUGAUGCCAGUGGAUAUUAAAAUACCUAGAAUUCCUUGCUUUUCAGUUGAUCCUAUAGGAGCUACAAUCAGCCCUGGGGUGAAGUCUUCUUUUAUUGCUACAUUUUAACCAAGCACAGUUGGAAAAUAUAAAACUAAUAUUUAUGUUACAUUGAUUAAUGAUCAAUACAAAAUUCCUAUUUAGGUGAUUGGUGAGUCCAAUAAUUUCUUAGACUCUAAAUUCCCCAAAACAAGAGGUCCUGAGAGUCUGCCUCAAGAUUUUAAAUUAUAAUCUAAUUUUAUUGAUGAUCAAAAUCCCACUAAAACCCUCAUAGGAGCAACAUCAAAAAAUAAAGGCAUGAAUGAGUCUAGUAGUAUAAUUACAAUGCCUAAAGGAAUAGAUGAAAUGGAGAUUAAUUUUGACAAGUUAGAAGAGAUAAAGACAAUAAAAGAAAAUAAAUAAAAAUAUGUUGAGAUGCUUAGGGAUAAUCGCUAAUCGAGAGUUCUUAAAGAAAAAGAAAAAAUAGUAAAGCUUAGAUUAGAUUAGAUGGAGGCAAAACUUAAAGAAAAAGGAUUGACCCUCUUUCAAGACUAAAAUGAUGAUGAUAAUGAAGAAAAAGAUCCUAGAAAAACAGUACCUUUAGAUGUUGAGUUUGAGUUAGGAAUGAUGGAGACUAAAGUUUUUCCUCCUAACGAAAUGCUUUCUACUCAAAAAGAUCCUUUAUUUGUUUCUAAACCAAUAGGUAAAUAUGAACCUAUGAGAGAUGAAUAAGCUCGAUUCUUCAACCCCGAUCCUAAUAUUCCUAUGAGAAAACCAUUUCCUGAGGUUGCAAAAACUCACAAAGAGAUAAGAGAUGUCAGAAUGGAAUUAACUGGUGAGAUGCUUCAAAAAAUUAGCAUUGGUCCUAAGAUAAUUGAUUUUGGUCCAGUCUAUGUUGAAAGCAAAGUGGUAAAAAGAUUUUGUGUAAAAAAUGACCUAAGAUCUUCAAUUAAAGUCCAGCUUACUGCUACUGCACCUGAGCUAGCUGGAACAUACUAAAAACCUUAAAUUAUACCUUCAAGCGAUACUGCACGUUUCGAUGUGGAGCUUUACAGCACUAAUUUAAAUGAUAAUUAUACUUAGACAAUAAAAUAUACUAUAAAUGAUCGUCACUAAUUUGAAUUCUAAGUGAAAGCCAAAAUUGAAAAGGUCAAACUCGAAUUAAGUAAGACUUAAAUAAAGUUUUAGUUUGCUGAUGAUAGCACAAAUAUGGAAACUUUCGAAACUUUGCAAAUUAAAAAUAAUGGUAAUGCUGAAGGGCACUACAAAUGGGAUACUAGUAGUAAGGUAUUUAUCGUACAUCCCCCUUCUGGUGUCGUCCCACCAAAUGGUGGAGUAGUUGAUACGGUAAUUACCUACAGACCUUCACCAUUAAGCACUCUUAAAGAAAAUUAACAAGGUGGUAUGAGAUAAGAGUCUGAUAAGCUGGUCAUACACGUUACAAAUGGUAUAGAAUAGAGUGUUAAGUGCGAAGGUUUUGUUAAUGAAGCUAAAUGCAUUAUAAGAUAGCAAUCAAUAGAACUUGGUUAACUUAUAGUGAGCAAAGAAGAAACUAGAGUUUUCCAAAUUAAAAACACUUCAAGAAUACCUGCAGUUUUUAGGGUUUUAACAGAAAAGUUACCUGAAAAUUGUAUUGUAACUCCUGUAAUUGGGAAAAUAUAACCUGAUGGGCAAAUCGAAUGCUCAGUUAAAUAUAGCUGCAGAGAAGAGAGAGAUAUAAAAACCGAAAUUUAAGUACUUAUAAGGGGAGGAAAGAUAUUAAAAUUACCUUUUAGUGUUCAGACUGUUAUUCCGAAUGUUUUAAUUAAAGAAGAUGUAUUUAACUUUGGCUAACUGACUAAAGAUAACGCUGGUCAUUUAGAAAUGAGUUUAGUAAAUAAGUCAGAAAUCCCAGCUGAAUUGAUUUUAGAUAUGAGAACUGAAGAAGAAAAUCCUGAUUGCCCAGAUGGAAUAGGCUGUUUACAAAUAACCCCGCUAGAUGAAGGAGAUGAAAGUAUCCUUAAAAGUGUUCACUAGGAUUUUAUUGAUGAAGAAGAUGAAGAAAAGAGAAAUGAAAACAGCGAUAUGGAUUUAGAUCCAGACGAAUAAAGCAUAUAAUCAGAUGAAAGCUUACUUUAAGCAUCACCUAAUAAAAAAUACAAUAUAACAAUAAAGCCUAAUUAAACACUUAGAUUUUAGCUAACAUUUACACCAAAUGAUGCAAAACCUUACAACUUUGAAUUACCAAUAACUCUAGCUAGAUUUGGAGCUCUCCCUGGCUUGAUUAGAAAUAUUAUUUGUAGAGGUAUUAAAUCUCAAUUUCUAGUUUAACCUUAAAAUAUAGAGUUUCCUAGAAAGAUAAUUACUACUUCAGAUAAAGAUUAUCCAGAAAAUUUUGAAGUUACAUUUUCUAAUCCAGAAAGAAAAGCUGUAACAUGGAGGAUAGACGAUUCUCCUUUUGAUAAAGUGAAAAAGCUAUUCUCUAUUCAUCCAACAUACGGAAGGAUAGAGCCAGGAUAGAACUAAAUUAUCAAAGCUUCUUUUGAUCCAAAAGAACCAGGAGAAUAUGAAGAAGUAAUUUGUCUAUAUUUGGAUGGUGAUGAUGGUCCAUCAACUACUCCUGUUCAUAAAAUUUAAGUAAAAGGUGUUGCUGCUUUUCCUAAACUCAUGUUUGAUAGAAGAGAAGUGCUUCUUCCUGUUGUUCCUCUUGGAAUAGAAUCUAAAUGCAUCUUCAGAAUAAUAAACGAUGGAUAUGAAAAUCUUAAAAUAAAACAUUAAGUACUCGAAGAAUUAGGAAAUAUCAAAGUAGAUUGCAGAUUCCCUGAAGGAAAGAAUCUAAAUGUUAGCAAAAAUAAACUUAAAGUAGAGGUUUAUUUUUCAUCUAAAAAACCAAUAUCUUUUACUACUCAUAUUGAAUUUAAGGAUGAUAAGAAUAAGGGGUAUAUUAUACCAGUUAGUGGUACUACUGAUAAUAGUUUACUAACUAUCUUUCCUUAUAUGCAGCGCUGCAAAGGCGAAUAUAAAACAGAAAUAGAUGCAAAUAAAAAUACUAUUAUGUUGUUAGAAGAAGAUGCUCAAGAUGACUAGUCUGAUAUUACAACAAAUAACAAUAUUUCUAACAUAAAGAAAAAAUAUUCAGCUUCAGUUGCUUCUGCUAAAACCCAUUCUUCGAGAGCAUCUAUUAGAAGUACAAGGAGUGCCUUAGGCUACAGUCCAGUUCCUAAAGAAAUGCUUGAGCACUCUAAAGAUCAAAUAAAAAAUUGGCUGAAUUUUACUGUGUUAUAAAAUAAUAUAUAAAACUUUCCAGACAGCAUUGUUGAAGAAAGUGGUGAAUAGUUGUACGAACUUUUACAAUUUUUAGUGGGGUCAAAGAGUCCUCUAAUGGAAACAAAAGCAGUAUUUGAAGGAGCUUUAAACAGAACAGAGAGAUCUCUAUUGCUUUACUAGCAAUAUGAUUCUUUAAUUAGAUUGUUGAAAUAGGAUGGAGCUUUGCUGAAUCAUGUACGCCCUUAAUUUUUACUAGGCUACAAUGAAUAUCAUGCUUACAUAAAAACACUCUCAAAAGAUGAUGUUCAAACCAUCCAUCCAAAUGGAUUGAAAAUAUCUUCACAUAGAUACACUUACUUUUAAUCAGAUGCUUGGAUAACUCUAUUUUAUCAGAUCAUUAAAAUUUAUUAUUUAUCUCGUAUUUCAAUUAAAAAUUUAAAAACUAUUCCAAAUAUACAUCCUGAUAAAGCUGUGAUACCCGAUUGCUAUUUGAACGGAAGUAAUAUUUAUAGCUAGUUUGAGGGAGUUCUUUUACGCUGGCUAGAGCUCAACCACGAAAUAAUAAAUCCACACUAACCACUUCGUAUUACAUCAUUUGAUAAGGAGCUAGCAAGCGGUCAUUUAAUUGCAAAUUUGAUAAAAAAUUAUGUUGGAAAUGAAGCCACAGCAUUUUUAUCUCAAAUGAAACCUGUAACAAACACUGACGAUGAAAAUUUCUAUAAUUGUGAUAAAGUUCAUCAUGCUCUUUAGGAUAUAAAUUUAUAAACCCCUUUCAAUGCUGUUGAUCUUUCAAAAGCUUCAUAGAGGGAGACUGUUUUGUUCUUAAUUUAAUUGUUCAAUUCUCUGCCAAAUUACAUUCCAAAAGGUCAACCGAUUAUUUUUUCCUGUGUUUUAGGAGAGGAAGUUACAAAAACCAUAGAAUUAACAAACCCUUCAAAUAAAACUAUACAUUAUUGGGUGAAAAGAACAGGUUGCACUGAUUUUUAGAUUGAGACAAACGAAGCCGAUACAAUAAAGUUAGAUCCAAAAUCUAUUUACAAGUUUAAAGUUAAAUUUGUUUCUAGAGUAUCAUAACCAGUAUAUGGAAGAAUAAGAUUUACAAAUAGAAGGGAGUCAAAUGUUGCAGCUGCUGCUUUAGUUUUUGACUUCAAGUCAAAUAUAACUGGCAGAGUUUCAUCCAAAGUAAUUGAUAUUGAUUGCCCACUUUAUCAAAAGAAAGAGUUUACAGUUAAGGUAGAGAAUAAAUUCUUAACUCAUAGCCAUGGCGAGUUCAGUGUAAAUAUUGUUCAUGAGUUUGAGACUAAGGAAAAAAAAGAUACAGAACCAAAUGUAAAAUCUAAAGACAAGAAUGCAAAAUAAAAUUAAAAGAAAACUCAAAAACCUGAUGAAUUAGUUCCUCUCGAAACGCUUAAUGCAGUUCCUUGCUUUUUCUUAAAACAGGCAGAUACAAUGGUUAUUAAAAAAAAUAAUUUUUCUCACUUGAAUCUUGUUUUUAUACCAAUGCUAUAUGAAACUUAAAAGUGCUAUAUAAUAUUUUCUGAUCCUACAGUAGGAGAGUUUCAAUAUGAAAUAAUAGGAGCUGUGACUUUGCCUGAAGAAGUUAUAUAGAUUCCAGAAACUCCUAUAUAGCCUCCUAUUUACGUAGAAGAGUAGAGAAAUUGGCCUAUAAAAAUCCCUUUUAAAAAUGAAGCCAUGAGAGAAGCAAGGAAAAAUGUUGAGUAUUAUAUGAGUUUGAAAAAGAAAAAAGAUUUUGAUCCAAAGAAAUACACACUCCCGAAUAUAUCACCUGAUAUAAUCAAUUUUUAUGUUGAUAUCGAAUAGCCUCACCAAAAUAUUGUAACUACUUCAAAAACUAUUUUGUUAGAGAAUCCAAUUCGUGCAAGUAAAAGAAAGUAAGAAGCAUCUAAGUUAGACCAGUCAUUUGAUAGUAAAAGAAUGGAUGGGCUUUCUAUGAUAAGCAGUAUAGCUCCAACAAACGCUUAAAAAUCCUAAUUAGUGAACGAAACACUGUAGGAAGUUGAAGGAGUUGAAAAAAAUAGCAUGUACCUAAAUUUCAAUUUCAAAGUUCCUAUCAAGGAAUACACAGCUAAUAUAACUUUAAGGAAUCCUGAAAAAUAUGAUAUAAGAAGAUAUAAAUUAGUUGUGACCAGUCUUCCAAAACCAGUAAAAGCCGCCUUAGAGUUCACAGCAGCUGCUAAAGAAACUGUAGUGUAGGAGAUUCCUAUUGUCAAUACAACAGAAAAAGAUUGGAUGAUUAAAAUAAAUUUAAUACCAAAUGAAGAAAUGAAUGGCCGAUGCUUUUUUGUAGGAAAUAAAGCAGCUUUAACUGCAGGAGAGCAAACAGGAAAAAGUUAGAUGAGUAGUAACUCAAAUCAAAACGUACAACAAAUACAAAGCAUAAGAGAUAUACUAGUUAAGAAAAAAGGAACAGUCAAUAUCCCAGUUCAAUUUACUCCAUUAUGGGUUUGCUAAGCUGAAGCUAAAUUAAUCAUGACAAAUCCUGUUACGAACGAUGUAUUUGAAUAUGAGUUAAAAGGCAUUGGAGAAGAGCCACUAGCUAUUGAUCAUUUAGUAAUAAAUUGUCAAGCUAGACAAACUACAAAAUAAGAGCUGGUCAUAAAAAAUCCAAAUGCAGAUAGAUCAGUAACUUAUGAAGUAGAAACGGAUUUAGUAGGAGCAUCAGGCCCUUCAUAACUAACAAUAGGUCCUAACAAGAAAGCAGUUUAUCAGCUCCUGAUAACACCUUUAUUAAGUGGGUAGUACACAGGAAGCAUCACUUUUACAGAUACAUCCACAGGGGAAUACACUUGGUGGACUGCUCUUCUCAAUACGGAAAGUCCCCCUUGUUAGAAAAAAAUAGACAUGAUUACUACAUUAAGAAAAGCAAUUGCAUUCGAUAUAGAAAUUACUAACCCAUCAAAUGAAACUGCAAAUUUCGAAGUAUUCAUUGAAGGAGAUGGUUUAGUGGGUAUCCCUUAUAUGUAGAUUCCUCCUAAAUCUAGCCAAAUGUAUGAAUUAUUCUUCUUACCUCUUAAGGUAGGCAAGUAAUAAGGUUCUAUUGCAUUCGUAAGUGAUCAUUUAGGAGAAAUAUGGUAUGAACUUAAUUUGGUGGCAGAAGAUUCUUAAAUUAUUAGACUUCCUAUGCUCAAAGCUGAGCUCGGCAAAGUUGAAUAGCAUGAAAUAAGACUUGACAAUCCUUCGAAUGAAGAUGUCAAAGUGUAUACAUAUGUUAGUAACCCAUCAAACUUCGAUGUUCUACCCGAGCAAAUUGUAAUUCCAGCAAAUGAUGAAAUAUCUGUAUAUGUUCGCUAUAUGCCCUCAGUUCUUGAUUCAACUCAAACUAGCGAAAUAAAAUUCUAAACAGAAACAAUAGGACGCUGGGAUUACUUAGCAUUUGGAAUGGGUAUUCCACCUACAUAGUUUGAGCCAAAAAUCGUUACCAUAGGCUUGAAUAAAGAUUUUUCAUCUGUUAUUCUUUUUAAAAAUCCUUUUAAGGAUUAGAUAUAAGUUAAUAUAUUGCUUGAGUCUGAAGACGAUUCAGUAAAAGACGUAUUACAACUACUUACAAAGAAGUCGGGAAAAGAAGAUAAUAUUUAUGUUCCUGGUCUUGGAGUCAUUUAAAUACCUUUUAGCUUUACUCCAAGAGAAAUCAGGUGUUAUGAAUGCAAAAUUAUAGUUUCUAUGAAUGAUAAAAUUUAAUGGAAAUAUCCAAUCUAGGCAAUUACAGAGUCUUAUUCGACAGGAAUCUUGGCUACAUUCAAGACUAAAUGUAGAGUAUUUUAUGAAAAUGAAUUUAAGAUUUAGUUACCAGGAAUAACAGAAGUAUUUGGUGAAAAAGAUACAUUCGAGUUUGAAAUUAAAAAUCUACCUCCUAAAUUGGAAAGUGUUAUAACAAAAUCCUUUUAGGUAAGGAUGACUAAAAAUACAUUAUCGAACAAAAAUGAUUAUUUGACAUUUGUAGGAAGAUUCCACCCAAUGAAACCAUUUAAAACAAAUAUUGAUUUUCUUAUUCACAGAAAAAUGGGAGGACUAUGGAAGUUCAAGAUUACUCUGGAAUCAUCCCCUCCAAACGAAGAUGACAUUAUAGUUUUAAGUGCACCUUUAGAUACAGUAGAUACUGUAAGCUUUAGGCUAACAAAUAGGUUUAAGACAUUUGCCACUUUUAGUGCUAAAUUUACUCCUGAAUCUGAUCCAGAAUUUGCUGUUACUCCUUCUACUGGUAUUUUAGAACCUUAUGGCAGAGAUGGUACUCUUUUUACAAUAUCAUUUUCUCCAGUUGAGUAUGGUAAGGCUAAAUCAGGAAAACUCGUUAUUGAAACAGAUGAAAUGUUUUGGAGUUACUAAAUUAAAGGUGUCUUACCAAAAUAUGAGCCACCAGUUAUUGCAACUUCAAAAAUUAAUAACAGACUUGGUAUAGAUGUGACUACAAACUGGAAACAUCAAAAGAAAAAUUAUUUAGCUGACAACAUUAAAAAAACAAAAGAAAAUAAAAUUUCAAUGGCAAAUAAAGACUCAUAGAUAGCUUUAAUGAGCAAGACAUUUGGAAACACUACUUUUAUGAAGAAAUCAAUUCUUAGCCCUAACGAAAGAUAAAGUAUAUUAGAUGGUAAAUCAAUAGUCAGUAAUAAAAAUUCUAGAAACCCUAAUCUCUCUAUAAUAUCUAACAGAUUUUUCAAAAAUUGA